AGGCGAACGCUAGUCCGGCCCUAGUCCGGCGACCAUUUUUGUGAGAUCGCUGUUCCGAGUCGCGCAAGGUUUCAUACAGCGAGCGAAAAAACGAUGUGCCAAUAGCACGUGGUGUUUCGUUCGUGACGAGAUUCGAGGCGAGGAGCGAACGAGCGAUUUCUCGUCGGUCGACCACACCUGAGUGUUGAACGCCGCUGAAUAUAUAUGUAUAUAUAUGUGUAUGGCGAUCUCAACAUGUCGACGGGCCGCGAGUGUCACAAGAUCGCACCGUGCGAGGAACCUUUGACAAAGGGGCGAUAGAAUCUGUCGAGUCGUAAAGAGAUUACUAUUCUCGAGAGAAUUCUCGAUCGCGUCGUGUCGCGCCGUGUCGAGUGUGAUGUAAAUGCGUAUUGCUCUUGAGCGACUGUUGAUCCGGCGGCACGAUAGACUCGGAAUCGGUCUGUGGAGUGGUUCGUGAACGUUAUGGUUCUUUAUUAUGCGCCAACUCGGCCGAGCUCUUCUCUCUCUCUCUCUCUCCCUCUCCGUCUCUCAAUUGGUGUGCGUAAUAUAUUAAUUGAUAAUUGACGAAGGAACAAGUUGUUGCUCUUGGACUCUAUAAUAGGAAGAAAGCGCGCAACAAUGGCUGCAACCUUCGAUCAGUACGACAAGUCGAGCUGGUACUUUGGUGCCAUGUCACGACAAGAUGCUUCCGACUUGUUGAUGGGUGAAAAGGAAGGUGGUGUAUUUUUGGUACGCGAUAGCACUUCGAUUCAUGGCGAUUUUGUACUGUGCGUAAGAGAGGAUAGUAAAGUUAGUCAUUACAUCAUCAAUAAGAUUCAACAAGGGGAUCAAAUUCGGUACCGAAUUGGAGAUCAGAUGUUCCCAGACAUUCCCAGUCUCUUGGCGUUUUAUAAGCUCCACUACUUGGACACCACUCCGUUGAUCAGGCCAGCUCCAAAGAAAAUGCAGAGGGUAAUCGCCAAGUAUGACUUUGAGGGCAACGAUUCCGAGGAUCUGCCAUUUAGAAAAGGUGAUAUACUCACUGUAAUAUCAAAGGACGAAGAACAGUGGUGGACAGCUAGAAACAGUGUCGGACAGACUGGUUCGAUACCAGUUCCAUACGUUCAGAAGUACGACGAGGACAGCCACAUGAUAAUUGAAAAUAACUCACGACCCGAGAGCGGCGGUAGUUCCGGCUCCAACUCGAAUUCAGGACCCAUGUCACAGGUGUCGCACGCGGAGACGGUGGGACAGGCGGCUGCGACGCGGCGGUCGAACAUUCAAAGAACGUUACCAGCCUUCGCGAAAGUGAAACAGGCGAGGGUGCCAAACGCGUACGACAAAACUGCACUCAAAUUAGAAGUAGGUGACAUGAUCAAAGUGACAAAGACUAACAUCAACGGUCAGUGGGAAGGCGAGUUACACGGGAAGGUUGGACACUUCCCGUUUACGCACGUAGAAUUCGUAGACAAUGAGACUGGCGAGAACAAUCAGGAGAUUUAACAAAAGUUCUCCAAGUGUGAUGCGUCGCACGAGUGACGAGAGCACGAGGGACUCGUACAGUAUCAAAAAUUAGGUUAUUGAUAACAUACUUAUUAUAUGUACCAUCGCAUGGAUGUUUCGGUUUAUGCAUCCACAUCUGAACAAUCGUAUCUGCAUCUGACGGCCGUGUAUUACGAAUAAACCCCCAAUCUUUGUGCAAUAUGUUCAAGUAUGAGAGUCGUUGAGAGAUUUGCGUUGACAUCUCUGCAGUUUAUUGAUCACUUAGUCACUUGUCACGAUUCAAUCUUGUGGUAUAUGCUGCUAAUUGCCCAAAGCACAAUUAUAAUUCUGUAGGAUUAUUAAGUACGUGAAUGAGUAAUGAAACAAUAUAUAUAUAUAUAUAGUUUUAUUAUGCAUUCAUGUAGAGAUAUAUACAUAUGUAUAAUAUAUAUACGUGUAAUGAAUGUUUAUGUUUGCACGUGUGUAUAUGUACACGCGCACGUGUAACUUUAUUACUUUGUUAAAAUAACAAAGAAAACAUUUUUCUUGUAAUAUAGGAAAGAUGUCGAGUACCAUGUACGCGUAACUUGAUUAAUCUCUUUAUGUAGGAAAUGUAUUGAUUUAACAUUUACGCACGUAGAAUUUUUUUUAUUAUUUUCUAGAAACUUCAACUAUGCUUGAACUUUGAGAGAAGAUUCGGCAUAAUAUCUCUAUUCGCGUUCAACACUCGCACUCGUUGAUUCAUAAAAGGCAUUGUGUUGUAGAUAAGCUCAAGUUAUGCUUUAGUUAUGAAAAUUCAACGAUGAAGGAAGGGCGUGCUUCUUGAAAUAUACAUAACUGUCAGCGAAUAUCACGUAUUAGAAUGGCACAUUUGCUCUGCUCUGUGAACAUGUGGUAAUAUCUUCUAGUCAUACACAGUGACUAUGAUGAAAGCAUACUGCGUAUAUUCGCUCAUCGCUAUUUUUCAUCCUACUCUCGCCAACUUUUCCGGCAAAAUGUUUGCGUAAUGCUCAGAUACGGUGGAAAACAAAUUAUACACGCACGCGGAUAGAGCUGUGUGUCCUCUGGAGGCUAUAUCUUUGUCAUGGUACAUAUAAUACUUGUUAGCCAUUGGUUGUGCCACAAUUGGAGCAGCACCCUUGUGCUAGAAAUUUCUAUUUAUAUGACGGGAAGAGUAACUGUGUGUCAAAGUUAACCAUAAUUAUACGCAGAAUUCAUUGAGAAACGUUUUAACGGCAAUUCCUUGGACGAUUAUUGCAUUUGCGAGCAAUUUUUCAUUAGAAAAUAAUUGGUUCUGUGACUGUCAAGGGUAUCUGCCAUUAAAAUGUUUUCCGAUAUUUCAGUCAAACGCCUUAUGUAUCGGGGCUCUACAAUAAAUUAAACGAUAAUUGAAGAUUGUAGUAAUAUUUGAAAAAGGAAUGGAGCAAACUUGUAUUACUGAUCAUAUUUACUUUUUUAAUAAUAUUUUUUGCAAUAUAAUUUCUCUCAUCAUGCGCAAUUAUGAUGCUCGAUGUUGCGUCGUUCCAUCUUUUAAUUUUAUAUAUGCAUUUGACAUUUCCGUCAUCUCAUCAUCAUCGUCAUCGUCAUCAUCAUCAUCAGCAGCAGCAGCAGCAUCAGCAUUGUCAUCGUCAUUCGUCAUCUUCGUAGUUAUAAAAGUCUAUAAAUUCCCUAAUUUUCAUGAAACUGUACGCAGUAUUAAGAUAUAUGAAACUGGAAGUAUUCCAUAUCAAUAAAAUUAUGUAUUAGAGGCAAGAUUCUCUUUCGCGUUUAAUGUUUAAAUAAAUAAACGGAUAAAAUACAAAAUGCUCGAAUUUGUAUAUAUUUUUUGCAUCCACUUCAAUAUUUGCGCAAUAAUGAGACAGGCCGAGUAAGCAGGUAGCAAGCAGUUCCUUGUCAGCCAUUACGAGAAUCGAGAAUCGAGCCACAUAUUUGUACAGAAUCAGACGUGGUCUGGAAUGUGUGCCAUUAUGUAUUGUAUAUGUACAUCUUGUUAUCUUUAAUUAUCAACAGAGAGAAAAAGAGAGAGAGAGAGAAAGACGCAGCCACGUAUGGUGCUUGAAACAAAUUAUUUACGAGACAUUAUGUCGUGAUAUUUGUAUACAUACGUUUAAUUAUAUCGACUCAAAUAAUUUACGUGCAUACACGUGUAGAUUAAAUCGUUAACUCGAAUAAACUCAUGGCUGCGUUGCUUUGAGCUGCUUUGAUCAUUUUGACACGCGUAGCAUGUCAAAGAAAUUUUUUUAUUUGUAUAUGUAUAUGUAUACACGAGGUGAGGACGAUUUAAAUACGACGAGAAUGUAUAAUGUAUAUUUUUCUAAGCAUAUGCACAUACUUGUUUUCUCGACAAUGUGAACCGAUUUCAUAAAAUUUACACACACACGCGCGCGCAUACACAUGAUUAGAUAAGUAAUCGUUUAGACAAAUAUAUUUGUGUUAUAAUUUAUAAUAGAUCGUAAAAUAAAGUGUAACACCAACUAUAGCAUCCAAUAAAAAAAAUAAACAACUGUAAAAAUA